UCCUUUUCGCGCACCAUGCCAUGCGUGUGUGCUUUAUUUAGCAACAAAACUAGAGUUUGGUUUUAAAUCGUGUUCUUAGUGCUACAAAAGAGUGAAAUCUAUAUAAAAUGGAAGCUGAGAAUAUUAAUGUGGACGAGUUUUUACCCGCAAAGAAUACGGUGAAGUUGAAAAACAUCAAAAGAAGAGCGGUGUCCGAAUCUGGAGAUGGGAUGGAAGUGGAGGAGCACAAUGGCAUCCAAGGCAAAGCGAAGGUAGCUCGUUCCAGACCGAAGAGGUCGAGAAAGAAUGCCGAACCGAAUGAAACUAAAGUGAAUAUGAGAAAAGUGGCAGUGCCAGCACAUAGAUACACACCUUUAAAAGAGAGUUGGCUUAAAAUCUUCACACCUAUUGUGGAGCACCUACUGCUACAAGUUAGAUUUAACACCAAAACUCGGAAUGUGGAAAUCAAAAUUGGCCCGGAGACAAAAGAUAUUGCCAAUUUGCAAAAAGCAGCAGAUUUCGUGAAGGCAUUCAUCUUAGGAUUUGAAGUUGAAGACGCAUUAGCCUUACUAAGGCUUGACGAUUUAUUCGUAGAGUCUUUUGAAAUAAAGGAUGUGAAAAACCUACAAGGUGACCAUUUGGGUCGUGCUAUCGGUCGAUUGGCUGGCAAAGCUGGCAGAACCAAAUUCACCAUAGAGAACGUGACAAAAACUAGAAUAGUAUUAGCAGAUUCGAAAAUUCAUAUCCUAGGCAGUUACCAAAAUAUAGCUUUGGCUAGGCGAGCUAUAUGUAACUUGAUUAUGGGAUCACCGCCUUCAAAGGUUUAUGGUAACUUGAGAAAUGUCGCCAAUAGAGUGGCGCAAAGGUUUUAAGUUUUUUAAAUUAAAUAUAUAUAUAUU